AUGACGACUUUUAGAAGGUGUUACAUUUUUCUUACUCAUAUCCUUUUUCUUUCUUUAUUUCCAUUGAAGAUCACACCAUCUUCAGCAAUAACAGAAGCAGAAGCACUUCUCAAAUGGAAGAACAGCUUGUUGUCUUCUUCCCUCGAUUCAUGGUCAGUUGCCAAUCUCAAAAACCUUUGCAACUGGACCGGCAUUCUCUGUGACACUUCUGGAUCUGUCUCCGAGAUACACCUCCACGUUUCAAAUAUCAAUGGAACACUUAACCAAUUCAGUUUCACUUCUUUUCCAAAUCUCGAGCAUUUCGACCUCAGCUAUAACAGCCUCUGUGGGCCAAUUCCACCUGCUAUUGGCAAUCUCUCCAAGCUCACUUUCUUGAACCUGGCCGACAACUACUUCUAUCACAGCAUACCUCCAGAGAUUGGAUUGUUGACUAAGCUUCGGUACCUUGGUCUUCAGAACAACAAUCUAAACGGUACCAUCCCGUAUCAAGUUAGUUAUCUUCAACAGGUGCAGUCCUUAAGCCUUGCAUUUAACUUAUUAGAAACUCCAGAUUGGUCAAAGUUCUCGGCUUUGCCAUCAUUGACAUUCUUUGACUUAACAUUAAAUCUACUUACAUUGGAAUUCCCAAGUUUCUUAUCUAAUUGCAGGAAUCUGACAACGCUCAAAUUGGAAGAUAAUAAUUUCAAAGGCCCAAUACCUGAAUGGGUGUUCACCAAUUUAAGCAAGCUUGUAAGUCUUUUACUCAGCUAUAAUUCAUUUCUGGGGCCAUUGUCAUUGAAUUUUUCCAAGCUUUCUAAGCUAAGUUCUCUUUCAGUUGACAACAAUGAUUUCACUGGCCCAAUUCCUUCUACGCUUGGCCUAUGUACUGAUCUCACCAUCUUGUCUCUAGGAUCUAAUUCAUUUACUGGGGCUUUGCCUUUGUCCUUGUCCAAUCUGACCAUGAUAUAUGACUUGAGCGUAUCCAGCAAUUUUCUUUCUGGUGAGGUCUCGUCUUUUUUCUUCACUAACUGGACUGAGUUGACAUAUUUAUUACUUCAGAACAAUUCCUUCACGGGAAAAAUCCCACCAGAAAUUGGCUUAUUGACAAAGCUCCGAUACCUUUGGCUGUCUAAUAAUCAACUUUCUGGCUUGAUCCCACAUGAGAUUGGGAACUUGAAAAACUUGUCAACCCUAAGCCUUUCAAAAAACCUACUCUCAGGUCCAAUUCCUCCUACAAUAGGGAAUAUGACACUUCUGUAUUCUCUAGAUCUCAGAACUAAUCAAUUGACUGGAGAGUUACCUGAUACCAUGUCUACACUAAAUUAUCUAAUAACCGUCUAUCUUAGCGGUAACGAAAUCUCAGGCCAACUUUCACCCAAGUGGGGAGAAUUUGCAAGGCUCAAAUUUUUACGGCUGGAUGGAAAUAAAAUUUCUGGUGAAAUCCCAGUUCAGCUAGGAAAUCUGACACAAUUGACCCAUCUCGUCCUGGCCUCAAAUAAAUUGAAUGGAGAUAUACCAUCAACUUUUUGCAACUUGAGUUCUCUUCAGAUUCUUGAUCUAUCAAAUAACAGCAUGGGCAGUGUGAUUCCACAAUGUUUGGCAAACUUCAGUAGUGCACUCUCUGUGCUGGAUCUGCGAAUGAAUCAAUUUCACGGACCAAUUCCAGCAACUUUCACAAGGUGCAAUAAUUUGAGGAAUCUCGGCUUGAAUGGCAAUCAAUUGGAAGGGUCGGUACCUGAUACUUUGAGCAAUUGUAGAAACUUGGAAGUUCUUGACCUUGGAAACAACAAGAUAAGUGAUACAUUCCCCCAUUGGGUGGAAAAUCUUCCAGAGCUGCACGUUCUUGUGUUGCGGUCUAAUAGAUUUCGAGGUACAAUAGGCACUUCCACAAGUAAACUACCCUUUCCAAAGGUGCGAAUAAUCGACAUUUCUCACAAUGAGUUCAACGGCUCGUUGUCAACAAAAUAUUUCAAGAAUUUCAAAGCUAUGAUGAAUGUUGAUGAACAUAAAGUGGGUCUAGAAUACUUGGGGGACAAUUAUUAUCGAGAUUCAGUGACUGUGGUGGUGAAAGGGCUAGAUCUUCAACUGGUGAGAAUCCUAACCAUCUUCACAACUAUUGAUUUAUCGAGCAAUAAUUUCGUAGGGGAGAUUCCGGACUCCAUUGGAAUGCUUCAUUCACUUCGGUUGCUCAACUUAUCUCACAACAAUCUUGUAGGACAUAUUCCAUCACCUCUAGAAAAUCUGAUUCUGCUUGAAUCAUUAGACUUCUCUUCAAACCAGCUAGUGGGAGAGAUUCCUUGGCAAUUGGCAAGGCUAACAUUUCUUUCAAUCCUGAACCUUUCUCAAAAUCAUCUCGUUGGACCAAUUCCUCAUGGUCAACAAUUUGAUACAUUUGAAAACAAUUCAUACUCUGGAAACCUGGAAUUAUGUGGUUUGCCGUUGACAAAGAAAUGUGGAGAUAUUGAACCACCGCAGCCACCAAUAUUGCCACAUCAAGAAGAUGAUUCAGCUUUUGAAAGCGGAUUAACUUGGAAAGUUGUCGUGCUGGGAUAUGGAUGUGGGUUUUUAUUUGGAUUGGUUAUGGGUUGUCUUGCCUUCUUAACUGAAAAACCAACAUGGUUUGUAAAGAUCAUUGAAGGAGAAAAACUAAAAACUAGGAAAAAAUGGAAGAAGAGUGGUCAAGGACGGGCUAUGAAUAGAAAUCAGGGAGUACAAAGAAUAAACUUGCACUAG